CAGCACCUGGGCAGGAGGAUCACCUAAACCCCUCUGUUUUUUUUUCUGAUUUUUGGUUUAUGUUUUUUUUUGUACGCUUUCUCCUCUCCUCUGAUGAAACCAAACAAACUUCUCAACUGAGAGAGGUUCCUGAAACCAUCCUGGAAAAAAGAUCUCAGAAGGUUUCUCCUUCCUUCCAGGCUCAGUUGCAUGGAACAGUGGAGGCUCUGCAGCCUCUACACUCACUUUUGAGUUUUUUAGAGAGACUUGUCCAGCUGCAGAGAGACAGACAGCAGUUGGCUUGAGAAACUGGAACUCUUCUUUCAGACAGUGGUAUAAGGAAAUGCUAGAUCUCGUGAUAUCGCAGAGUCUUUCUGUAACCAGCGGGUGCCCAGAGAGCCUCAAGUUUAACCUUUCCGAGAAUCACUCUUCGUCUCCUGAUGACAUAGCAGAUAAAUCAAAGAAAGUAUCUUCUAGACAAACCUUCUCACAUUCAGGAAACGGCAAAGAAUCCCAGCAAUUUACGCCUGAGGUGAAUUACUCGAGGCACUACCCUCAUAUAGUGUCACCCCCAUCUAUAUCAGCCAUGGCUGCGUAUGGACAGACCCAGUACAGCGCUGGAAUCCAGCAGGCAGCGGCAUACUCCACGUACCCCCCUCCUGGACAGGCCUAUGGGAUCCCAUCUUACAGCAUCAAAACAGAAGAUAGUUUGAGCCAUUCUCCUGGGCAGAGCGGGUUUCUCAGCUACAGCUCGAGUUUCACCACACCGCCUCCGGGACAAGCGCCGUACACCUACCAGAUGCACGGUCCAUCAGGGAUUUAUCAAGGAGCUAACGGUUUGACCAACACAGGAUCAUUUGGUGGUGUCCAUCAGGAAUAUUCAUCGUACCCUGGUUUCAGCCAAGGUCAAUAUCCCCAGUAUUACAGCACGUCAUACAACUCUCCAUAUGUACCAACAAAUGGUGUCAGUCCAACGUCUCUGUCCACAAGCUCGUACUCCCUUCAGGAGUCUUCCCAUCACAUAUCAAAUGAGAGCCCUGAAUCUUUGUCUGGUGAAUAUAAUGCCCAUAAUGGUCCUUCCACACCCAUUAAAGAUUCAGACAGCGAUCGGCAGCACAGAGGAUCUGACGGGAAGUUACGGGGUAGAUCGAAAAGGAACAAUGACCCAACCCCCACGGUGGAUAAUGAAAUCGAGCGCGUCUUUGUGUGGGAUUUGGACGAGACGAUAAUUAUUUUCCACUCCCUGCUCACGGGAACCUUUGCGACCAGAUACGGGAAGGACACCACCACGUCGGUGAGAGUAGGCCUCAUGAUGGAGGAGAUGAUCUUCAACCUUGCUGAUACUCAUCUCUUCUUUAACGACCUGGAGGAAUGUGACCAGAUACACAUAGACGACGUAUCUUCAGAUGACAACGGCCAGGACUUGAGCUCGUAUAACUUUUCCGCAGAUGGCUUUCACAGCUCGGCUGCCGGUGCGAAUCUCUGUCUGGGAUCUGGAGUCCACGGCGGAGUGGACUGGAUGAGGAAAUUAGCAUUUCGCUACAGGAGGGUGAAGGAGAUGUACAGCACCUACAAAAACAACGUCGGGGGGUUAAUAGGAUCACCCAAGAGAGACACGUGGCUUCAGCUUCGGGCAGAAAUGGAAGCCCUCACCGACUUAUGGCUCACUCAUGCACUGAAGGCUUUGAAUCUGAUACAUUCCAGACCUAACUGUGUCAAUGUGUUAGUCACCACUACCCAGCUCAUACCCGCCAUCGCAAAAGUCCUCUUGUAUGGAUUGGGCACAGUCUUUCCAAUUGAAAACAUAUACAGUGCAACAAAGACAGGGAAAGAGUGCUGCUUCGAGAGGAUAAUGCAGCGAUUUGGGAGGAAAGCCGUUUACGUCGUAAUUGGUGAUGGCGUCGAAGAGGAACAGGCGGCGAAAAAGCACAACAUGCCGUUUUGGAGGAUCUCUUGCCAUGCCGAUCUCGAAGCUCUAAGACAUGCUCUGGAACUAGAAUAUUUGUAGCAGACCGGAGGAAUUCCUCGAGGGCCACCAAACACGGGCUUUCAAACGACGCCCUUCGUCGGGAAUUUCCAGUUGGGUCGCGCUUGGUCAACUGGACUUCUUAAAACGGACCUUCAGCUUGCUCCUUCCAAGAUAAGCCUUGGAGAACUCUUCCAUGGAGGAUCAAGACUUCUUUGGGGAUAAUAGCUUAUCCAGGCGGAUACUUUGUAUAAUUUAAUUGAAUGCUCACAAUUGAACUUGGACUACAAGUGAUUGGUUUUUUCCAACCUGGACUAUUUACAAGCACAAAAAAAGGACUUGAUCUCUUGGGUCAUCUUGUGAAAUAAUUAGUAAAAGAUGGUCUUUCUCUCGAUCGGACUCUCCCUACUUCACAAUGCAUUACCUUCAUGGGACUACAUGAAAACAAGUGUAAAACAUUGAUUUUUUUAUUUUUAUUUUUUCUAAUUUAUGGACUGUUCUCAUUUUUUCCUGUCAUUACUCUCCGCUAACUGAGUUUUGAAACUAUCUGGUGGGGAGGGUGGGCUGCGCAUCGAAAAAUUUAUUUAAUAAUUCUUUUAUUCACGGCAAACUCUGGGGACAAUCAUGUUGUGUACAUUAGUGAUGGUUGUUAAGGGUUAUUAGAGUUCUGUUUUAAUGUUGUAUAGAUGGUAUGUGGGCUGCGCAUGUGUCUACAAUGUGCCUUAAGCCUACCAUCUUUGGUUUUUAUAUAUUAAAAAAAUUAAAAUGCGGUAUGUUGUCAUGAAUGAAAGGCAUUAAAUAAACCUACGUUUACAUUUUGGGGAAAA